AUGUCUGCAGAACCUCCCAUGACUUCUCCUCCUCUACCUUCACCAAAUGGAAUAAUAAACAAUCAUUCCAAUGCUCAGCUCGCACAUCUACUUCAUAACAGUUAUUGCGACAAUGACAGACUCACAAAAGAACUUGGCAACACAAAGAAACGGCUAGAAAAAGCAGAGCGUCUACUAGCAGAAUUUCAAGCUGCAACCGUCAAUGGUGCUCCCCUCUCAGGCGAGGCCCGUCGUGUCAUCGAAGAAGCUGAGGCACGUGUUGCCCAUGCCGAUAGACAGAGAGACGAGGCAGAAGCACGCAGACGAGUUGUUCUCGAAUCUUACGAAGAACUCAAUAAAUACCUUGCCGCCAUCGAAUCCCGUGCUGCAGAUGCACGUGCUGGUUUCCAGCGCAUCCUUAGAGAUGCAGGCGGUCAUCUUGUCUUGACCCCAAUCCCAAAUCAAAUUCAGCACGACCACAGCCCUUACUCUGCGAAUCCUAGCAUCACUGUAGAACCCCCACCCCGGUCAUACCCUCGAUCUCAUCAUCGCUACACCUCCUCGUCACUUAGUUCUUCUGCACUCCCUCCAGGACCACUCCCUCCUCCACCUUCCACCCGUAGUGUCCGUCCUCGCUCAGGCAGCUUCGAUGACCCUUCCUAUCUCAUCGCACCACCCCAGCCUCCUUCCAAACGUCCACGCAACGAACGUGGUGAAUAUGACCACAGGCCCCCCCUCUCCGCUACCUCCAUGUCACGCGGACGCAUCCCUGACAUCGAUCUCCACACCCAACAGCUUCCCCAGAUUCAACACCUCAACCAUCACCUUACCAUUCAGCCUACUCAUAAAUCUCACUCCCGCUCUAGCAGCCACUCUAGUGUCCGUGCUACUUCGCAGGACAUCGAGGAUCUCCUUCUUGACGCUGCCACUGAUGAAAGGAGCGUUCUGAAUGCUCGUGAACAACAGCCACAAUCUCCCCGUGCCGUCUUGGCUGCCCACCAGUCAAGGGGUAUCCCCCUCAGGACCUAUCAAACCCACAUUUUUGCCCCUCCCGUUACCGGCGCCCCCCAAAAGAAGGGCAAGCCAGGGUCAAACGCAAAUAUCACUCAUAAUGGCUCCCCACUAACACCUCCUAACGCCCUCGUCACUCCCAUCGUACCAGUUCCUCCACCUGCCAUUCCCCCCACCACCUCGUUCCCCCCCACUAACGCUAUCGGCCAGCGCAUCUGCCGCCAAUGUGGCUUACCAGGGCGCUACAAAGACAACAAGUGCGUCGAAAAAUGGGGCCCAGGGCCAGAAGGGCCUGGUACCGUGUGCGAUCGCUGCAGAAAAAAAAUGAAGCGUGUAGAACGGCGGGGAACGACCGACGCAAAUGUGGGUGGCAGUAAUAAUGCCAGUGCAGCUCGAUUGCACCGUACGGAUACCAUUCCUGUCGGUGCAAUUACUGGAACGCAGAGGCAGACACAGUCGCAGCCGCAAGUCUUUCCAAGUUCAGCGUCUUUCGUGGCGCCUGUGCUUUUACAGGACAAGAAACGCGCUAGUGGGUCUGCAAAGGACCGUGAGAGAGAUCGGAACCGUGACCCUCCUCCCUCCCCGCCCGCGAUUGCUACUCUACAGACCACAGAUGACGAAGACCCUGGACGAAGACGACGAGGUGCGGUGUCCUCUGCGCAACAUCUUCCUUCUCCGCACUCCGACCCCAACACAGAUCCAGAUGCAGACGGUGAAGGUGAUGCAGAUGUAGAUGCGGAGUUGAGAGAAGCAGCCGAUGCUGCUGUUGACCAUCGCAGUGCGUCUUCCACUGGCAUGAAGGAAGAAGACAUGGAAGUUGGGGAGUAA